CUCUCUCAACCCGUUCUUUUUACCCCAAAAACUUUAACAAAAAUUGAACAAUGGCUUCUGACCAUCAGCAGAGAAACAAUGGGUUUUCCAUGUUUAAACCAAAAGUGCCUCAUUUCUUCAAGAUAAUCUUGGAGGUUACUACUCGAGAAAGGAAGCUUAGGAUUCCGAGAAAUUUCUUGAGAAAAUAUGGAAAUGGUAUGUCAAGUCCAGUAGUACUCAAGGUUCCUAGUGGUGCGGCCUGGGAGGUGGGACUGGCCGAAAGUGAAGGUGAUGUUUGGUUGCAAAAUGGCUGGAAAGAAUUUGCUGAUCAUUACUGCCUAAACGAUGGACAUUUCUUGGUUUUUAGAUAUGAGGGGAAUUGCAAUUUUCAUGUACUCAUAUUUGAGAAGAGUGGUUCAGAAAUUGAGUAUCCACAAGGACAUGUUGAAGAUCCAAGACUUGGUGAAGAAUUUCAAGAACCUACUAGGAGAGAAUCUGAAGAUUAUAUUUCUGUUGAAACCUUGCUUGAAAUUCCUCCAUGCAGGAAAGUGAUACAGCAAUCUCCAGUACCAUGUCCUCGGCCCUGUAAGAAAAUGAGAACCAAUUCAACUGAGGAAUACAAAUUCAAUCCUAUGUUAGGUAAACGAGAUGGAUCCGGCUCAUUUACAGGUCAUGGAGGAAUUCAAGUUCCUAAGAGGAUGAAAAAGAAGAAAGCUAUUGAAAUGGCCGCAGCCUACAAAUCUAAGAAUCCUUUUGUCUUAGUUGCUAUACAACCAUCAUGUAUAACUCCUGGAUAUAGAAUUAAACUACCAGGAAGAUUUCUUAAGAAGCAUCUAAUGAAGAAUGUCUGUGAUAUAAUCCUUCACACAUUGGAUGGGAAAACUUGGUCUGCAAGGUUAUCUAAUGAUUCAAUCUGCAAGGGUUGGAGGGCGUUUGUUUUGGACAAUAAUUUGGAAGUUGGUGAUGUUUGUGUCUUUGAGCUGAUUAGGGGCACUGAAUACUCAUUCAAAGUAGUAAUUUACCGAAUUGCUGAUAAUUCAAGUUUCUGUUCAUCUUUAGUGGACAAGAGCAGAGGCAAGCAAGUAAAACCGCAGAAGAGCUCUGAAGCUGAUACCAAGUGUGACUUUAUGAAUAAUGAUGGAAUUGGAUUGGUUAGUCCACACAAACAAGGUGCUGCCAAAGAGUCUCUGGUUCCCAAGACUGAGCAAAAUGAGAACGAUGCAAGUAUUGAGAUCUUGGAUGACUUCUCAUCAUUUCUGAAAACACGAAAGAAAUCCUACUUACGGCCUCCUAGACCUGCCAAGAAGAUGAAUAAGAAUCCCAGAGGCAACAGAGAAAAUCUGCCUCAACAUCAUGGAUAUAAGGACAUUCAAUCGAUGGGGAUGAAGAUGGAGAAGUCAAUGAAAAAUGAACACUCGGAUAAUGCCAUGAUGGGAAACGAAGUUGCCCUUUAUUCUCCAGCCAAAGACGAUGGUGCUAGGAGUAGGCCUGCUCAGAGAGGGAAAAAGGAUAAGGAGUUUUGCUUUAUGCCGUUACUGCAUUGUAAGGAGAGAGCAAAAGCUCCUACAAGAGCUAGAGAUUUUAUAUCUGAAAAUCCCUUUUCCAUGGUUGUCCUGCAGCCAUCAUGCAUCUAUGGUGGCAGUUUGGCUUUACCAUUCCCCUUGAUGCGGAAAUUCAUUAAUCAAGGAAAAGAGAGCUGGAUGCUUGAGGUUAAAGAUAGAACAUGGCCGGUUAAGUUGAUAAUCCCUCAUCAGCGUAUGUCCUCAGUUAGGUUUUCUGCUGGUUGGCCUGCAUUUGCCAGGGACAAUUCUUUGAAAGCUGGAGAUACUUGUGUCUUUGAGAUAAUUGAAGAGAGUAAUGCCACCAUCAAGGUCUCCAUUUUCAGAACAUGAAUGUCUCCAUUUUCAGUUGUUCUGGUUCAAAUAGUAGUUGGAAGUAUUGCAGUUGCAGCCUAAGGUUAAUUGUAACCAGACUUUUGGCCUUUGCACCUCUUAUGCGUGGCUUUUUGAAUGGAUCAGAGAAGUAAUGCUCUCUAUAUGCUUUCUACAUAAAAACUAACUACAAUU